UAUUGUUUUUUCUUCCAGUGGAAUGGUAAAAAUAGUAAAAAUCUGUAAAUGCAUUUCGUAUUUGUUUGGUAACUAUUUGAUUAUUUUCAAUUCCUACUUUUGAUUUCUUACAAAACAAAUGUUUUUUCAACCUUUUUAAGAAAGUCAUAGAGACCGAGUUCACUAGUAAUAUGAAGAACACACAUCAACUGUUUGAUCUAGCUUAUACUAUAUAUUAAAACAUUAAAUAUGAAUAAUUUAAUUAAAUACUACGUAAAAACGCGAUAAGAAAGAUGAAUAGUCAAACAUUCUCGGUCAAAAAUUAAUGCGCUUUGCUUUACACACGCAGACACAAUCACAUAAAUAUUCUUCUUAAUCUCAAAGAGAAAGAGAAUUAAAAACAAAAGUUAUAACAAUGGAGAACAAGAAUGUCUUUGUGCUGUGUAUGAUCUUAUUAUUUGUGGGUUCGUCGUUAAUGUUUGAAAGAGUUGAUUGCAGAGUUCUACGAUCAAAGCCAUUUAGAUAUAUCAACGUUAACGACCAUGAUCAAUCCUCAGCGACCAUGAAGGUGAAGAGCUCGAGCACUCCUUUGCCGAAGAUUUAUGCUUACCGGUUAGCGUCUGGUCCGAGUAAAAGAGGAAGUGGUCACUGAUCAACAAUUGCUACUUCUUCUUUUUUUUUUCCGAUGUUUUCUUUUUCCUUUUUGUUAGAUUAUUUAUAAUGUGUAAAUCGAAAGUUUUCUUGUUUUAGCCAAAGAAGUAAAAGAAGAGAUUGAUUAUAUCUCAUUCUUUCAAGGAGAUUUAACGUGUAACAUUAAGUUCCUAGCUUUAUCGGUCCAGUACAUGUAAAUGUGUGAUAUUUUCUUUCCAAAUGAAAUAGUAAUGGUAAAAUAAUGUUAGUUUUAGAAUUCAAAACUAGGCCGUUUUCUUAAUCUUUAGACUUUGACGGCUCACGACUUAACGGUAGCUAAAAU